UGUGUAACGCGGCAGAAUUCAGUUGCAUCAUUCAUCGCGCUUGCUAAAUGAAACAACGGAGUAAAAUAGAUUUGCUUACACAAUUCAAUAACGAUACAGCUUUUGCACAAAGGUUCAUCUCGCAACGCACGGAAUUAUGGCGAAGUAAUUGACUGGAAAUCUAGAUAAGGGAAUGAAUUGUUGCUCAUUGGAUUCCGCGAAUAAGUACAGGCGAUCAAAUUGAAAUAUUAAUAAACAACAAACAUUUUUCGCGCCAUCAAUAAGAGAAUAGUAUUUAACCGUUCUUUGUAAUAAGGUAACGAAUAAUCUUUUUGAAUUAUUACUAAAUUAAUUUUGAGAAAAAGAAAAUCCAAGGUAAGGACUAAGGAGAUAUUUUGAUAAUAGUCUUUCAUCUAUGACCCUUCUUCAAUUAAUAGCACCUUCCCAAAUCCCAAGGUAAUCGUUAAUGCUAAUGACGUAACGAAGGUUGUCAAGCGUACUUGAGUUCUUAAUACGGACACUAUAUAAGAACACGGUGAACAGUCCAACGGCAUCCCACUUCAUCAGUUGAUCUUCUCCUGCAAAGACAUCAACUUUUUCAGCAACCAAACUCUAUCAUGGCUUCAAUGGCAAUGGCCCCUAUGCCUUAUAGUCCUCCGAUGUCGUACAGUCCUCCUAUGGCUUACAGUCCUCCGAUGCCUUAUGCAGCCCCAGCAUCUUACGCACCUCCGUCCUACGCGCCACCAGCUUACGCAGCUCCGUCUUACGAUGCCCCGUAUAACAGUUACGAAUCUGCUCCGAUCGAGUUGGCUCCUUUAAUCGAAAAACCUCCAGCUGGAGGAGGAGGAGGUGGAGGUGGUGGUUUGAUGACCAAGUUCUUAGCACUGCCACCCCCGUUGAUCUUGCUCCCCAUUUUGCUGCCCAUCAUCGUGAUAGUUGUUGUUCUGGGUGGCGGCGGAGGUGGCGGAGGCGGCGGAAAAAGACCAUUUUUUCCUUUCGGUGUAGCAACAACAACACAGGCAUACGACGAGACUUCUUACUACGAUGAAAGCAGCUACGGGAAUGACUAUCAAGAUGAGAAUAACUACAACAACGACAACAACUACAACAACAACGACAACAACUCCAACAACAACGACAACAACUCCAACAACAACAACAACAGCAACUCCAACAGACCUCAUAAAGGCUACAACAACCGCCAACGUCGUCAAGCGGAGAAGAGCAAGAACAUUCCGGCUGCUUCCUCCGCUCUUCCAUCGAUGAGCGUCGCCCAAGUCGAGCGGUUGACCCAGGUCGUCUACGCUGCAAUCAACUCGCAGGAAUGCAUCCAGCGACUCCUCUGUGAAGUCGGAUCCCUGUCCCGCUCCUUCUCCAACUCAACUCGAACGGUAACCAAAGCUGUGGAGGAAUACGUUCCAGAAAAGCUCAAAGACUCCUUCAACAUCUUCGCUAAAGCGGAAAAAUGCGAACAAUUCAGAUGUGGAUCCCUCAAAGUCAAGAACUAAUUUUUGCCUAUUUAUGCGAUGCCUUUUCUUUCUUACUUCAAUUUUUUCUUAUUUAAAUUUUGACGAGA